UACGUACACGGGCUGCAGUUCAAAGAGUCUUCUUUCUGUCUUCAAUUGCGGGGGAAUCCGUCAACAGCCUCUCAUUCUAUCUAUUCUACAAUCUUCUCGUCUAUUUAUCAUCCGUGAAGGCAGGAUACAAGAUCAGCUGUGAUCAUGGACCCGGAAGCAUUUUUGGAUGUGGCCAAUCAGGUCAUCAAGCUGAAAAUGUUUCCGUUUUUCGACAUUGCUCACAGUUUACUUGCCGCGCUGGCCGUGCGCGAGGACUUGGGCGCCAAUGCACAGGCCUUCUCCCGUAAGCAUCCAUUGGCCUGCUGGCUCUCGACCAUGCUCGUCAUCUUUGCCGGUGGCAUGGUGGCCAAUGGUCUGCUCGGCGAACCCAUACUGGCACCAUUGAAAAAUACCGGCCAGCUUUUAGUGGGCACAGCCGUAUGGUACGUUGUCUUCUAUACGCCGUUCGAUAUUGGUUACAAGGUGGCCAAAUUCCUGCCCGUGAAAAUUGUGGCCAGUGCCAUGAAGGAGAUAUAUCGGGCAAAAAAGGUCUACGACGGUGUGGGGCAUGCGGCCAAGCUGUAUCCGAAUGCCUGGAUAAUCAUGAUCAUCAUUGGCACUCUGAAGGGCAAUGGGGCGGGAUUCACCAAGCUGAUUGAACGCCUCAUUCGUGGCGCAUGGACACCAACGGCCAUGGAAUUCAUGCAGCCAAGCUUCUACACCAAGGCUUCUCUGCUUGCUUCGAUCAUCUUUGUGCUGGACAAGAAGACCGACUGGAUCUCAGCACCGCACGCUCUGGUGUACUUUGGAAUUGUAAUCUUUUUGGUUUACUUUAAGCUGUCGUCCAUUCUGCUGGGCAUACACGAUCCCUUCCUGCCAUUAGAGAAUCUGGGCUGUGCCAUCUUCUUUGGCGGCAUUUGGGAUAGCUUGGCCAAGAUCUUGGGCCGCGGACAGGCCAAGGAUGGCGACAGUAAAGAUGUUAAGAAAAACAACUAAAACAUUAUUUUGUAGUUAGAACAAGAACAAACGUAAUCAAUCAUCGCUGCCAAACCAAACGCACAGACAUACAUAUAGCAUAGCAUGAACUAUCACUAGAUCGAUCGAUUGUACGAUUUCGAGCCAAAGACAUAUAUUUUUGUUGUUGUUGUGAGUAUCACUCUCGAUGGCCAGCACCCAGGGGGUGUGUAUGGUGCUGCUGGCCAUCGACUUGUGAUUAAGGACCCUAUCCGUAUAAAUUUGUGUAUUCUAAUGUAUUGCAAUUGGUAGGAUUAAUUAUGGGACAGAACUACACACUUAGAUACCAUAUAAACAAACACACACACGCACAUAAUACAUUAUUACAUCAUAAUACAUUAUUAUCUACGACUUGAACGACAAAACAGACGAUGCCAUGCCGUAAAAGAGGCAGAAAGAACGAAAGUGUGUACAUAAAUACAUAUAUUGAAAGUGCAGCAGAGUGCAGCAGCAGAAGAAAGUGAGUGUCGUGUUGCUUCGCUUCUAUAUAUAUUUUAUUUUAUUUGACUUUAUUUUUUUAAAUACAUUUUAAGAGUGUUUUUAUUUUAGGGCCACCUUUGAACACGCAUUCAAAAGCUGUUUUUGAAGGCUUAAUAAUUUUUUUUGUAAGAGGUAUGAAUGUUUAUUGGUUGCAAUAAAAAAAAUAUGUAAACUA